AUGGCUUCGGUCGCAGCUUCAUUGUCACAGAUUCUUCCGAAACCGAAGUAUACUGGGGAAGAUGAAGAGCUCCCCGCGCACGCGCAACCGAAGGGUCCUCGAAUUCUUGGGCCCGGCGAGCUCGAUGAGACCCAGAUAGUUCUUCGAAGAACGGGACCGCCGCCGUACGGUAAUCGAGCAGGAUGGCGACCACGGUCCAUUGAAGAUUUUGGGGAUGGUGGCGCUUUCCCCGAGAUUCCCGUCGCGCAGUACCCGCUUGACAUGGGUCGCAAAAUGAACGCCAAAUCCAAUGCCCUGGCCGUUCAGGUUGAUGCUGAAGGCAAAGUCAAAUACGACGCCAUUGCCCGCCAAGGACAUAACGAUAAACGUAUCGUGCACGCCUCUUUCAAAGACUUGAUUCCACUUCGACAACGUGCCGAUGUUGGGGAGAUCUCUUUGGAGAGGCCUUCCGCCGAACAAGUUGCUGAACAGACGGAGAAGACCAAGGAUGCCCUCGCGAAACUCGUAUCUGGUGCUGUAGCAGCGCAGAAGCCUAAGAACGUCAGGGGCACAUCGAGAAAUGAUCCGACUUUCGUCCGCUAUACACCAGCAAAUCAAAUGGGCGAUAACACGCGGAAAAAUGAUCGUAUCUUCAAAAUCGUUGAGAGACAGCAAGACCCCAUGGAACCACCUAAAUUCAAGCACAAGAAGAUCCCUCGUGGGCCGCCUUCACCGCCACCUCCCGUCAUGCACUCCCCUCCAAGGAAACUUACCGCCGAGGACCAAGAAGCGUGGCGCAUACCUCCUCCGGUAUCCAACUGGAAAAAUCCAAAGGGUUAUACUGUCCCACUGGACAAGCGUCUUGCCGCCGAUGGUCGCGGCCUGCAGGAUGUCACAAUCAACGACAAGUUUGCUCAAUUCGCCGAAGCGCUUUUCACCGCCGACCGCCAUGCCCGAGAAGAAGUCAAACAGCGCGCGCUCAUGCAACAGAAGCUCGCAGAGAAGGAAAAGGCGCAAAAGGAAGACCACCUACGCAUGCUCGCCCAAAAGGCCCGCGAGGAACGCUCCGCCGCCGCCUCCGGCUCAGCGAGCCGCCGCCGGAGUCGCUCUGGCUCCAUCGCUUCAUCGCGUUCUCGUUCACGAUCUCGGUCCGUCAGCUCUGACGAGGAUGAAGCCGCUCGGGAGCGUGAAGAGAUGCGUCGUGAGCGCCGUCGUGAAGCUGAGCGUCAGCUUCGCCAAUCACGUAUGGGCACUGAGCGCCGGAUUCAAGCAAUGGCGCGUGAGCAGAACCGUGACAUUUCCGAAAAGGUCGCUCUCGGUCUGGCCAAACCCACCCAGUCAUCUGAGACCAUGUACGACUCUCGUCUUUUCAAUCAGACGAGCGGGUUUGAUACUGGCUUCAAUGAGGACAAUCCAUACGACAAGCCCCUCUUUGCGGCUCAGGAUGCAAUCAGCAGCAUCUACCGGCCACGGACGAACUUUGAUGAUGACGAGGACGAAGGCGCCGAUGCAGGGAAAGAAAUGGAUCGUAUUGGCAAGAGCAACAGAUUUGAAGUCCUCGGCCGAGCCAAGGAGGGUUUCAAGGGCGCUUCAGAUGCAGAGCCCCGCUCUGGCCCUGUCCAGUUCGAAAAAGAUACAGCCGAUCCUUUUAACAUCGAUGCUAUGAUCUCAGAGGCUACUGCCGGCGGAGACGGCGGUGCCGGAACCAAGCGUUACGGAAUGCAAGACUCGCGCGACACUGGCUCGUCCAAGCGCGCCAGGAUCGAUGACGACGAUUAG